AAAGCCAGGCCAGGACUCCUAUUGGCUGGAUCAGCUGAGAGUGACGUCAUUGGGACGUACUAAGACUAGGGUUGGGUGGGGAACCGGAGCCAUUACUGCAGGGAAAGGUCCCGCGGAGCGGAGCCGUCAAGAUGUGUGAUUUCACCGAGGACCAGACUGCAGAGUUCAAGGAGGCCUUUCAGCUGUUUGACCGAACAGGGGAUGGCAAGAUCCUGUACAGCCAGUGUGGGGACGUGAUGAGGGCCCUGGGCCAGAACCCCACCAACGCCGAGGUGCUCAAGGUCCUGGGGAACCCCAAGAGUGAUGAGAUGAAUGUGAAGGUGCUGGACUUUGAACACUUCCUGCCCAUGCUGCAGACUGUGGCCAAGAACAAGGACCAGGGCACCUAUGAGGACUAUGUUGAAGGCCUUCGGGUGUUUGACAAGGAGGGGAAUGGCACCGUCAUGGGUGCUGAAAUCCGGCAUGUUCUUGUCACCCUGGGCGAGAAGAUGACCGAGGAAGAAGUAGAGAUGCUGGUGGCAGGGCACGAGGACAGCAACGGUUGUAUCAACUAUGAAGCGUUUGUGAGGCAUAUCCUGUCGGGGUGACGGGCCCAUGGGGCGGAGCUUGUCCGUAUGGUGCUGAAUGGCUGAGGAUGUUCCUGGUGUGCCCAAGCCCCGUGCCUUCCCCCCGCGUGAGACUGCAUGUAGCCCCGAACGCGUCCUAGGUCCUCUUGUCACAGCACCUCUGCCAGCUUGUCUCUUGGAGAAUAUUUGCUGUCAGCAGUCACCAAAUAAACUUGCUCUGUGCCCUAA